ACAAAGGUCCAUGUUUAAGUGCUUAAACAGCCUCCUCUUUAUAAGCUAUCCUUUCUUUUCUUUCUUCUUCUUCUUCUUCUUCACAUUGAGAGUGAGAGAGAAAAAAUGAAGCACUUUUCUUUGGCUAUUCUUUUGGCCAUUUUGAUACACCAACUGGGUCUCCACAGUUUUGUAGAAGCAGGAAGAAAUGGUUUCAUCAGAACUUGGGGGCACCAUUUUGUGCUGAAUGGUAGUCCGUACUAUGCAAAUGGGUUCAAUGCCUACUGGCUAAUGUAUAUGGCUUCUGACCCAUCUCAGAGGUUCAAAGUUUCAGCUGCUUUUCAAGAAGCUUCUAGCCAUGGACUCACUGUGGCUAGAACUUGGGCUUUCAGUGAUGGAGGUUACAGACCUCUUCAGUAUGCUCCUGGCUCCUAUAAUGACCAAACUUUCAAGGGGCUUGAUUUUGUUAUAGCUGAGGCCAGAAAGCAUGGAAUCAAGCUUAUACUGAGUUUGGUUAACAACUAUGAGAGCUUUGGAGGGAAGAAGCAGUAUGUGAACUGGGCUAGAAAUCAAGGGCAGUAUUUGACAUCUGAUGAUGAUUUUUUUAGGAACCCUGUUGUCAAAGGCUACUACAAGAAUCAUGUAUCUACUGUUCUUAACAGAUACAACAGCUUCACUGGGCUUCACUACAAAAAUGACCCAACAAUCAUGGCUUGGGAGCUUAUGAAUGAGCCCAGAUGUACUUCUGAUCCUUCAGGAAGGACUAUUCAGGCAUGGAUUAUGGAAAUGGCAGCCCAUGUGAAGUCCAUAGACAGAAAUCACUUGCUUGAAGUUGGUUUAGAAGGAUUUUAUGGACAAUCAUCUCCUCAGAGGAGGAGUCUCAAUCCUGGUUUAAAUAUUGGGACAGAUUUCAUUGCAAACAACAAAAUCCCUGGCAUUGAUUUUGCCACAGUUCAUUCCUAUCCUGACCAAUGGUUAUCUGGAGCAAAUGAUCAAAACCAGCUCUCUUUCUUGAACAAUUGGCUAGACGCACACAUCCAAGAUUCACAAAACAUUCUUCGAAAGCCGCUACUUCUGACUGAGUUCGGAAAAUCUUCAAAAGAUUCUGGUUUCAACACAUACCAGAGAGACCAGCUCUUCAACACAGUCUACAACAAGAUAUACUCAUCAGCUAGAAGAGGAGGAGUUGCAGCUGGGGGAAUGUUCUGGCAACUUUUAACCGAUGGAAUGGACUCUUUUCGAGAUGGUUACGAGAUAAUUCUGAGCCAAAGUUCCUCAACAGCAAAUAUAAUAGCUCAACAGUCUCACAAGCUCUAUCAGGUUCGACAAAUCUUUGCCAGGAUGAGAAAUGUUGAGAGGUGGAAGAAGGCAAAAGCAGCUAGAAGGGCCCAAUGGUUAAGCAGAAACAGAGGAAAACGCAUAGGAAACUAAGAAAAAUACAAGGACAAUGUCAAAAUUAUAGAAUGGACAUGCCUUAAAAGUACUUAUAUAUACUCGUUUGAGCUUAGUUUGUUUAGUGUUGCUUAACAUUGUUUCUCUCUUAGAGAUGAGUAAGUUCUUCGUCCAGGAGGGUAUCUCAGGUUACUGAGUAGUGAGUAUUGUUUUUGUUUCUUUGUUAUAUGUCCCAAGUUGCUAUUUUUAAUCAACAAGAGAGACUGAAGUCUGUGUCAUUUUGUUUCUAGUUGUAACCAAAAAAAAAAGCAGAUGCCUUGGUGUUUAAGGUAUUUGUUCUUCGAUUUUUUUGUUUGCUGAGCUGAAAAAUAUAAGAAUUGUUGGAAUUA